AAUCAAUUCUACUGCGCUAUCAUAGGUUUUUUUUAUAAAAAUGAAAUUCUCCGAGAUUAAUUUAAAAAGUGGAUCAGAUCGUUUAGAGGGAGAAGACGAUAAAAAUUUCCAAGAUUUGCUUAAAGCUUGUCGUAGUGGUGAUUUAGAACGAGUUGAAAGCUUGGUUAGAAAUUUUGCAACGCCAAUUAAUAGAACCGAUUUUUGGCAGUGUUCUCCCCUAUUUCUCGCUUGUCUAUGUGGACAUUAUGAUAUUGUGAAAUUCUUACUUGAAAAUGGAGCACGAUGUGAACGAAAUACUUUUGAAGGGGAACGUUGCAUAUAUGGAGCAUUGACAUUAAAAAUACGACAACUUUUAUCAAGUUAUAAGUAUACUAAAGCAGUUGACGAAAUUUUGCCUUAUCGUAAAUUCUUUUCCCAACUGUUAGAACGACCUUUUGAAACUUUUAGUGAUGUUACUUUCAAAUUUUUUGUCUCAACCGAUUUAGCCAAACCUGUAGAAAUUCCGGCUCAUAGAUUUGUUCUAUACGCUCGAUCAUCAUUCUUUGCAAGUAAUUUUCAGACGAUUUGGCGUUCAUAUAAAAUAAUUGAAAUUCGGGAGAUACAAAUUCAUCCAAUAUGUUUUCGUGAAAUGUUGAGAUAUCUUUAUACUGGGGAAGUUGUUUCGAUAUCAGAUGAUUUAAUGAAUAACAUGAUACAAUUAUGUAAUUAUGUCCGUCUAGAUAAUUUAGUUAAACGAUAUGAAGACGUAAAAAAUGUUAAAAAUGUUCAGGAACGGAAUAAAAUGGAACUUCAACAGAUUCAGCAGGAUUUUACUAAUUUCCUUAAAAAUGUUUUACUAGGAGGAAAACAAUAUUUUUACGAUUAUUCAGACAAGAAAGGUUAUAGCAUACAAAGUGGAAUAAAUGGAGUCGGAUGUAACAAUACAGAACCAAAAUUCAUAGGACCUCAACAAUUUGCUCAACAUGAUGUUUGUAUUAGAGUGGAAGAUGAAAUUCUCCCCUGUCAUAAAGCAGUUUUCACUGGACGCAGUGAAUAUUUCAAUGCCAUGUUUAAUGGGCCAUUUGCUAAAUCAAUAAUGAAACAACCUAUAGUUACAGUUUCUGAUCUUUCUCCUGGAAUAUUUGCUUUAAUUCUAGAGUUUAUAUAUACAGACAAGUGUGAUAUACCGGAUUCAGCGGCAUAUGAAGUAUUAAUAAAGGCUGAUAUGUUUUUACUUGAUAAACUGAAAUCCCUUGCAUCUAUUGUAUUAACAUCUUCAUCCGAACCACUUGAAGAUAUUUACGUACUUAUGCGUACGGCUAUUGACUUGAAUAUUGAGAGAUUAGAACGCUGGUGUUCUCGUUGGUUUGCUGAACAUUUAAGUGAAGUUUUAGAAGAUCAAAGAUUUUUGGAUUUAAUUGAUGAAUCUGCUCAUUCUAUUCAAAAAAGACAAGAAACUGAUACUAUCCCUUUUGUCGAUGAUUUAAGAUAUUGGUUAUCUAAAAAAAAUAGUGUAUUGGAAGAAGAUAUUGAUAAAAAAAGUGGUAAAGUACGAGAAGAUGAGGACAUUACCGCUUGGGAAACAGAAUACAAUUCAAGUUUGGAAAAAAUCGAUCAAAUUUUAUUAAAAUUAAAUUUAGACGCUUAAUUAUUUAUUUCAACAUGUUUUGCAAUCACACUCGUCUAUCAACAUCACUUUGAAAAAUGAACUCAAUUAACUUAUAAUGUACGAAUAAAUCACUUCCAAAAUUUCAAGGAAUACGACUUUUAAAUAAUGUAUAUCGGUCAAUAUUAUCCAACGUUACUUCUGGUUUUUUUAGAUUGUCAUUUGAAUUUUCAAGGACUUGACUUUUAGUUUCUCUUUCUUCCUUUUCUGCAAGAACAUGUUCUUCAAAUUUUUUAGCUUGCGCUCUCUCUUC